CGUCAGGGUCCCCAAGAAUCCGACGGCGUCCGAAUCCUCGCACGGCGGCUCGGGCUCACAACACGCCCGAGAGGCAGAGGGUCCCCAGCGUUACACAAACACACAGCAAUGGCUCUCCUUCGCAGUAUCUCGCGUUCCCUUCCUCUCCUGGCGGGGAGGUCUGUCAGCGUCACGUCGUCGGCCAAGUAUCACGAGAAGGUCAUUGACCAUUACGAAAAUCCACGCAAUGUUGGAUCCCUCGACAAGAAUGACACCACAGUCGGCACAGGUCUUGUAGGAGCGCCUGCCUGUGGAGAUGUAAUGAAGCUGCAGGUGAAAGUGGAUGAAAAUGGGAAGAUUAUUGAUGCCAAAUUCAAGACAUUCGGAUGCGGUUCUGCUAUUGCAUCAUCAUCGCUGGCAACAGAAUGGGUAAAGGGAAAAACUAUGGAUGAAGCUCUUAAGAUAAAAAAUGUUGACAUUGCAAAGGAGCUGAAACUUCCUCCUGUCAAGCUACAUUGUUCUAUGCUUGCUGAAGAUGCCAUAAAAGCAGCUCUAAGUGACUACAAGAUUAAGCAGUCAACUAAGGAGAAGGUUGCAAAGAAAAAUGUGCAAUAAAACCAUAUUGAAAAAUGCUAUGUGUUUAACAAAUUCAUUAAUGAAGUGUUAGGCAUGACCUUGCAUUUUCAUGAACUUUGUUCCCCUGAUAAACAAUUUUUCUGAAUAUUUUUCCUACCAACUUCAUAUCGUGCAUUGAUCUUGAGUUUGUGAAAAAUGGUCUUACUCACAACAUAAUGCCCUUUCUUUUUCUUUUCUUUGCUCUUCACAAGAUACACUUUUCACAUGCCUCAUUAAGUAAUUAUUUACUUUCAUUUUGUCCUCUGAACAUAAAGCUGGAAAGUUGAUUCUGAAAGGUUUAGAAGAGGGAGAACACUGAUUCUCUUAACUGUUAGAAUUCAUGCAGUGUCUAUUGGUAAUGAAAUUCAACUCUAGCAAGAAGUAUGUUGAUGCCUCAUUGAUAUUCAUGCUUCAUAAUUUUCUUUGUAUUUGUCUUUAAAGAUAUGGAAAUCAGGUGAUACUCAGAAGCAUUAUAGAAACUGAAUUUUUAAGGACAUUCUUGUUAUUUCCCUUGUUCCAUUACCGGUAUUAUUAUUAGCCUACUUUCAUGAUGGUUCUGGUAACCCAUCAACUCAUGUAUAUGAAAAUUGUCACAUGUUUUGUAUAUUAAAACAUGGCCUCAUAACCUACCUAAUUACAGUAAGCUUAAAGAUGCUUUUAUCAGAUAUUUUUUAUUGACGAAAUCUGAAAGGUUCAUGCUAUGAACAUUAUGGUGUAUAUAAUGUAGCAAAAAUAAAAUGUAUGAAAG